UAUAAUUAAUAUUAUUAUAUGGUAUUAUUAGUAUUAUAUUGUAUGAAAUGAUAAUAUUAUUAUCAAUAUCAUAUGUAUAUACAAUAUAUUAUAUUAUUAAAACUGAUAUAAAAAUAUUAUAUUAUAAUUGAGGGCGGGGGCCAGGUAAAUUACCUUGGAGGGCCACAUCCGGCCCCCGGGCCUUAGUUUGGGGACCCCUGCCCUAAAUCCCCGCAGGAUCUUCAGUUGGUCAAGGGACUCCUCUGUGCCAAGUCUUGUAUAGCAUUAUGUUAUUUCACUGUUUUAAUGUUUUAUUUAUUGUAUUACUGUGUAUUGGCAUUAAUUGCCCGUUUUGUAAGCCGCCCUGAGUCCAACGGGUGAGAAGCGCAGGGUAGAAAUAAUGUCAAUAAAUAAAAUAAGUCCAGUCCCAGUCCAUUGCCAGAGGGGGUCACAGAGUCAGGGAAGGUACUGCAAGUCCCGUCAUCCGUGGCCAGUGUGGUCCAGAUGUAUUUUUGGUUGGGUUCACAGUACUGUCUGGAUGUCGGUCAAGUACAACUCUUGUCAAGCAUGGUGUGAAUUCUCCCCAAACUUCUCUAGUGUGUUCUGUUGCUGAUCAGUUCCUCUGUGUACUGUGUGCCAUAGGAAAGGGUAGGAAAGGGUCAAGGGAGAGGCGGUGGGCGGGGUCAUGCAAAUCAAGGAAGCCUGGGGUGUCCAUUCUGGAGGAGAAACAACAUCUAGGAGGAAAUAGUCCCCACAUGAAAGCCUUCCUUCCCUUGGGUGGGGGGCAGGAUGGUGUCUGUGGGGGACACGGGCAGGGUCUGGGCUGCAUGUUCGUGGCACUCGCUAUAACCCGUAAAGUCAGGUGAGGAAGUGACGUGGUGGCUCCACUGCAUUGGGAACUAUAGCCUGUUUGUGGAGGCCGGAGGGAGGCUGUCUGUGUGAGCAGACACUUGUGCCACAUACACACAAACAGAUUUUCACUUUUAUUAUCUGGAUAGAUAGAUAGAUAGAUAGAUGAAGAAGAUAUGCACAAUAUAAAGGUGUACCUGUCCCUAUCCUGAAUAAAUGUCCGUAUUCAUGUAGGUUUCAAAUCGGAGACUUCAAUCUCCUCAAAAUAAACACAAUAGUCCAAUAUAUGAUGAUUUAAAAGUCACUUCUACAUAUCCUGAAGGACCAUCUGUGGCAUCCGAGUUUGUGGUGGUGUCAUAUCCGGGUUUGUGGUGGUGUUCUGCAUGGUGACCAGGGCACAACAAGGUAUCCCAGGUGUAUUCCUUGUUUCGGUGUUUGGAACACCUUCUUCAGGUGAUUGAUUCUUCUCAGUAUGGGAUAAGUUUCUGGCACUAUAUUUCCAUGUGUAAAAAAGAACAACAACAUACAUAAAAUAGAUAUGCUACUGUAGUAACAUUAAAUCAAUGCAUAACCUUAUACACAAUAAUCACAGUAAUGUUCUCUUGACUUACAUUUCACUAGGCAAUCACUGGCUUUGCUGCAGGAUAUUCUAUAACGAACAAUUGCUCAUAAUCCUCGUAGUCCUUAAAUACAUGUUGCAAGUAGCAAGUGAAAUCGAGUUUGCCGUUCAGGGCCUGUCUGCCAAGUGUGGUCCAGAUCUGACCUCAGCUGGGUUCACUGCUUUCUGGCUGCAGGUGAACUAUAACUCCCAAAACCAAGGCCCAUUCCCACUGACCCCUGCAGUAUCUUCAGUUGGUCAAGGGGCUUCUUUGUGGCAAGUUUAGUCGGUUGUUGGUGGGGGUCACGGUAUCAGUGAAGGUACUGCAAGUCCCAUCAUCCGUGGCAAGUGUGGUCCAGAUCUAUCCUUGGUGGGAUUCACAGUCCUCUCUGGAUGCAGUUCAAGUACAACUCCUAUAAAUUAUGGUGUAAAUUCUCCCCAAACCUCCUGUUCCUCUGUUUGUGCCAUAGGAAAGGAUAGAAAAGGGUUGAGGGAGAGGCAGUGGGCGGGGUCAUGCAAAGUAAGGAACCCUGGGAUGUCCAUUCUGGAGGAGAAACAGAACAUCUAGGGUGAAACGGUCCCCACACGAAAGCCUUCCUUCCCUUGGGUGGGGGGCAGGAUGGGGUCUGUGGGGGACACGGGCAGGGUCUGGGCUUCGUGUUCAUGGCGCUCCCUGUAACCUGCGUGUCAGUGGGGGAGGGCCGGGGUGUCUCCUGCUCAGUGGGAACUAGAGCUCUUUCUGGAGGCCGGAGGGAGGCUGUCUGUGUAAGUGGAUACCUCAGCCACAUAUACACUCACACAUUUUCCCCUUUUAGUACCUGUAUAGAUCUCUCUCUCUCUCUCUCUCUCUCUCUCUCUCUCUCUCUCUCUCUCUCUCUCUCUUGGGGGGGAGGGGCUGGGCGUAAUGGAGGGCUCCCAAGACAGGCCUCAGCCAUCCUCCCUGUUGACGCCUCUCCUCAAUUCUGGCCAAUCGGCUCUCUGGUCUGUGGAGGUCCUUUGGGGCCCUGGUCCUGCCGUCUUUCUUUCUUUCCUUCCUUCGGGGCUACAGGCCACCCCUCCCCUCCCAAUAUUUAUGUAUUUAUCGUGUCAGAAGCGAACCGAGGGUACAAGUGGUCAUGGAUUUAAAAACACAAAGUAAACAAAACCUUGGCCUUCUACUAAAUGUCCUUUGACCAGAACCUGGCCCCUUGGAGUGAGUGCCUCUGGUGUGGCUGUGAGAAGGCCCUCCCUUGUGCAUGUGGUGGGGCUCAGGCCGUGUUGUAGUCAGUGGCCCGUGGUUUGCUCUCUUCCACAUUCGCAUGUCGUGGACUCCACUAUGAGGCCCCAUUUCUGAAGGUUGGCUCUGCGUCUCGUGGUGCCAGAGCGCAGUCUGUUCAGCGCCUUCUGAGUCUCUCCGUCUUGUGUGUGCCCAGGGGGAGUCUCCCAUUCAGUAUCAGCCAUGGUUUUACCCUGCCACUUUUGAACUCUUGCUUGCUGAGGUGUUCCUGCGAGUAUCUCUGUAGAUCUUAGGAAGCUAUUUCUUCAUUUAAGGCCUUGGCGUACUGACUGAUAUCUGAACAGAGGAUGGGCCAGAGAUGUCACUGCCUUGGUCCUUUCAUUAUUGGCUGCUACUUCCCAGCAGAUGUCAGGUGGUGCAAUACCGGAUGAACAGUAUAUUUUCUCCAGCGAUGUGAGGCGUAGACACCCUGUGUUCAUGCGGCAUGUUUCAUUAAGAGCCACAUCCCCUCUGUUAACGUGGUGAGAUGCAUUCCACGCUGGGCAUGCGUACUCAGCCGCAGAGUAGCCAAGCGCAAGGGCAGAUGUCUUCACUGUGCCUGGUUGUGAUCCCCAGGGUGUGCCAGUCCUCUUUCGUAGGAUGUUAUUUGUUGCUUGAUAGCCAAGCAGUGCUUCUUGUGGGUCAGAGGUGACUCCCAGAUAUGUUGUUGUGUGGCAGUGCUCCAGUGGGAUUCCCUCCCGGGUCAUCCUCAGAGCCCAACUUGCAGCAUGCAACCAGCCCCUCCCGAUGGGAAUCAGGGGAUCCUAGAGUGGGGAGGAACCCACAGAAGGGCCACCCUGCCCGGACCCCUCCUUUCUUUCUUUCAUGCAGGAAGGGAGGAGAAACACCACGAAAGCAGCCCCAACAGAUGGCCACCCAACCACUGCUUAAGAACCUCCAAAGAAGGAGCCUCCCACCACUGAGCAGCCCUUCCUGAGGUUCAGGUGGAUCUCCUUCCCUGUCCUUGGAACCCACGGCUCCGCUGAGGCCUCGUCUCCAGGGCAGCAGAAAGGAAGCCCCCUCCCUCUUCCUUGGGGCCGCCUUCCCCAUGUAUGCAUGUGGCUCCUCUCCAGCCCCCUCCUCUCGGUCUUCUUUUCCGGGGACUCAACAGACCCCGCUUCUCUUUUGGCCAGUGGUUCUCAACCUUCCUGAUGCCACGACCCCUUAAUACAGUAGUUCCUCAUGUUGUGGUGACCCCAACCAUAACAUUAUUUUCAUUGCCCCUUCAUAAAUGUCAUUUUGCUACUGUUGUGAAUCGUAAUGUAAAUAUCUGAUAUGCAGGAUGUAUUCUCAUUCACUCGACCAAAUAUGGCACAAAUACCCAAAGCGCUCCAAUUUAAAUACUGGUGGGGUUGCAGGUGUGGGAUUGAUUUGUCAUUUGGGAGUCGUAGUCGCUGGGAUUUAUAGUUCACCUACAAUCAAAUAGCAUUCUGAACUCCACCAACUAUGGAGUUGGACCAAACUUGGCACACAGAACUCCCAUGACCAACAGGAGAUGCUGGAAGGGUUUGGUGGGCCUUGACCUUGCGUUUGGGAGUUGUAGUUCACCUGCAUCCAGAGAACAUUGUCGAUUCCAAAUAAUGAUGGAUCUGGACACCCUGGAAGUGUCUCCUGAUGUGAGGAAAUGGGCCGCCUGCCUGCAAGGAGGGUGCCCAGGGGAGGGUGUCCGGAUGUUGGGUGUUGAGUGAGGAAGGUCCCCAAGAAUUGGGGGUGGACCUGGAGCUGACUUAUAAUAUUAUAAUAAUGACAUACAAUAAUAGUAUUAUAAUAAUGAUGAUGAUGAUGUUAUAAUAUGGUAUUAUAACUGAUAUAAUGUAAUAAUAGUAAUAAUAUAAGCUCUUCUCUCCCUUCCUUCCUGCAAAGAGAUUUUUGGUUGUGUCUCUCUUUAUCACCCUCUUUAAACCCCAGUCUCUCAUUUCCAUUCUCCCUCUUUUUUAGAAACUCUUCCGUCUUAAUUCUUUUAAAACAUUUAUUGCGGAAUUUUCUAAUGUUAAUACUGGUGUUAAAGGAGAUAAUAAUAAUCCCUAGCCUCAGUUUUAUUUUGCGUUCUUUCCAAAUUUCCAAAAGCUUUUUAAUAACUAACUGGGGCUGGUUACAGGGACCAUCCCGCGCCCCUAUUCAGACAGCUCCACUGGCUUCCAACAAGUUUCCGCGCCCAAUUCAAGGUGCAGGUGGUUACCUAGAAAGCCCUAUACAUUUGGGGUCCAACCUCUCUUCAGGACCGCAUCUCCUUUUAUGAACGGUCGCAAACUUUAAGAUCUGCCAGGGAGGCAGAUUACCGUCCGGUCAGCCUCACAUCGAUACCAGGCAAGAUUCUGGAAAUGAUCAUUAAGGAAGUGGUCUGCAAACACUUAGAAACAAAUGCGGUCAUUGCUAAUACUCACCAUGGAUUUACCAAAAACAAGUCAUGCCAGACUAAUCUGAUCUCUUUUUUCGAUAGAGUUACGAGUUGGGUCGAUACAGGGAAUGCCGUGGAUGUAGCGUACCUGGAUUUCAGUAAGGCCUUCGACAAAGUCCCCCACGACCUUCUGGCAAACAAACUAGUAAAAUGUGGGCUAGACAAAACUACGGUUAGGUGGAUCUGUAAUUGGCUAAGCGAACGAACCCAAAGGGUGCUCACCAAUGCGUCGUCUUCAUCAUGGAAAGAAGUGACAAGUGGAGUGCCGCAGGGCUCCGUCUGGGCCCAGUUCUGUUCAACAUCUUUAUUAACGACUUAGACGAAGGGUUAGAAGGCACAAUCAUCAAGUUUGCAGACGACACAAAACUGGGAGGGAUAGCUAACACUCCAGAAGACAGGAGCAGAAUUCAAAACGAUCUUGACAGACUAGAGAGAUGGGCCGAAACUAACAAAAUGAAGUUCAACAGGGAUAAAUGCAAGAUACUUCAUUUCGGCAGAAAAAAAUGGAAUGCAAAGAUACAGAAUGGGGGAUGCCUGGCUUGACAGCAGUGUGUGCGAAAAAGACCUUGGAGUCCUCGUGGACAACAAGUUAAACAUGAGCCAGCAAUGUGAUGCGGCUGCUAAAAAAGCCAAUGGGAUUCUGUCCUGCAUCAAUAGGGGAAUAGCGUCUAGAUCCAGGGAAGUUAUGCUCCCCCUCUAUUCUGCCUUUGUGGUCAGACCACACCUGGAAUACUGUGUCCAAUUCUGGGCACCACAGUUGAAGGGAGAUGUUGACAAGCUGGAAUGUGUCCAGAGGAGGGCAACUAAAAUAAUCAAAGGUCUGGAGAACAAGCCCCAUGAGGAGAGGCUUAAAGAACUGGGCAUGUUUAGCCUGCAGAAGAGAAGGCUGAGAGGAGACAUGAUAGCCAUGUACAAAUAUGUGAAGGGAAGUCCUAGGGAGGAGGGAGCAAGCUUGUUUUCUGCUGCCCUGGAGACUAGGACGCGGAACAAUGGCUUCAAACUACAGGAAAGGAGAUUCCACUUGAACAUUAGGAAGAACUUCCUCACUGUGAGAAGGGCUGUUCGGCAGUGGAACUCUCUCCCCCAGACUGUGGUGGAGGCUCCUUCUUUGGAAGCUUUUAAACAGAGGCUGAAUGGCCAUCUGUCGGGGGUGCUUUGAAUGCGAUUUCCUGCUUCUUGGCAGAAUGGGGUUGGCCUGGAUGGCCCAUGAGGUCUCUUCCAACUCUACUAUUCUAUGAUUCUAUGAGGCCCUCCUCUCGGUCUGCCACUGUCUCAAGUAGGGUUGGUGGGGACGAGAGCGAGAGAGAGACUGCGAUGGGGGGGGGGCUUCCUUCUCGGUGGUGGCCCCGUGGCUUUGGAAUGCCCUCCUGAAGGAGAUCAGGUUCCCCCUUCUCUUCAAGCUUUCUGGGCACAACUGAAAACACGGUUUUUUGAACAAGCCUUUGAACCAGGAUUAGCACCUUCCUCACUCAACCUGAGGCCUUAGGGAUUGAUUCUGUUAGUACUUUAUGGACUGAGACAGUUCACAGCCUGUUGUACCCGCAGCUUUGCUGCAGUGUUGAAUUUUAAUCGGUUGGGUUGUAUGUUAUUCAAUGGAAUUAUUGUUUUGUGGAAUUAUUGAUUGUUAUUGCUUUAUUUGUUAUGUCUUUUGCUGCGUCUUGUGUGUUCUGCACAAUUGUGUGCUUUUGUGAGCCACUCCGAGUCCCUUCGGGGAGAUGGUGGUGUUAUGAAUAACUUCGCAAUAAUGAAUAACUUCUCAACUUCUCUCUAGGUGCCAAUCUUGUGGAACUCAAUUUUGAUUAAAAAGAAAAAGGUAACACUCACGUGUCUGUAUCACAGUCAAUCAUACACAUAACUGUCAACAUGGAGGAGAAACCCUUUACAUGUCUUGAGUGUGGAAAGAGCUUCAGUUGGAGGAGCAAUCUGCUACGACAUGAAAAGACUCACACUGGGGAGAAACCCUUUGAAUGCCUGGAGUGUGGACAGAGCUUCACUCAUCGUUCAGGCCUACGUCAACAUCAAAGGACUCACACUGGGGAGAAACCCUAUAAAUGCCUGGAGUGUGGACAGAGCUUCACUCAAAGUUCAGGUCUACGUAAACAUCAAAGGACUCACACUGGGGAGAAACCCUAUACAUGUCUGGAGUGUGGACAGACCUUCACUCGUAGUUCAGGCCUACGUUCACAUCAAAGAACUCACACUGGGGAGAAACCCUAUAAAUGCUUGGAGUGUGGACAGAGCUUCACUGAUCGUUCAGGCCUACGUAGACAUCAAAGGACUCACACUGGGGAGAAACUCUAUACAUGUCUUGAGUGUGGGCAGAGCUUCACUCAUAGUUCAAGCCUACGUUCACAUCAAAGGACUCACACUAGGGAGAAACCCUAUAAAUGCCUGGAGUGCGGACAGAGCUUCACUCAUAGUUCAGAUCUACGUAAACAUCAAAGGACUCACACUGGGGAGAAACCCUAUAAAUGUCUGGAGUGUGGACAGAGCUUCACUCGUAGUUCAGUUCUGCGUUCACAUGAAAGGACCCACACUGGGGAGAAACCCUAUAAAUGCCUGGAGUGUGGACAGAGCUUCACUCGUAGUUCAGGCCUACGUUCCCAUCAAAGGACUCACACUGGGGAGAAACCCUAUAAAUGCCUGGAGUGUGGACAGAGCUUCACUCGUAGUUCAAGCCUACGUUCCCAUCAAAGGACUCACACUGGGGAGAAACCUUAUAAAUGCCUGGAGUGUGGACAGAGCUUCACUUAUAGUUCAAAUCUACGUAAACAUCAAAGGACUCACACUGGGGAGAAACCAUAUACAUGCCUUUAGUGUGGACAGAUCUUCACUCAGGAACCACGUCUACAUACACAUCAAAGGAUGCACACUGGGAGAAACCUUAUACAUGCCUGGAGUGUUGAAAAGCCUUCACUUACAAUGUAAAUCUACGUUCACAUCACAGGACUUUCCAUGACAACAAUAGGGGCAUAUGUCAAGUGUCAGAUUUAUGAAUGAGAAUAAGUGCUACCAAAGGCAGAAGUGUGCUUGUAUAGGAUUGUCUACAUGGAGUAGAAUCAUACGGUAUAAAAAAAAACAAUGAAUAGAGAGUAUGAAGUUUAUAGAAAUAGAUCCAUUCUUGUCUAUUUUUUGUUUGUUGGUGUAGUUUGUGUCUAUGUAGGUAUGUGUUUUGUUGAUAUUUGUUUCUAAUUUAGCUUUGUUCUUUGUUGUAGUAGCUAGUUAGUUAGCCACAUAAGUUUAGCAUCAUACAUUAUAUAAUUUCUCUUUUAUGCAAUAUUAUUGUUUUUACUUAAAAAUAUUUUCUAAAAGGUGGCAAAUUUAGAUAGGUUAAAAAUUCUGAGACUGGAGUGGCAGAUAGAUGUGAUUUUAGACCAUGUGGAGUUUACUGCCCAAUUUAUUUUGCCUUUAAGGUUGGCCGCAUAGCUCUGGAGUUGAUUGUUAUCCUGUCAGUGAUGCAGAAAGGAGACAUCCCCAGAACUUCUGCCUGCCAGCCGGGAUUAUAUAAAUCCUCCUCUGCCUAUCUCACAUGAAUUAUCCCGUUCUCAAUUUGUGCUGGCUUAGCAAUAAAUUGAGUAGCAACCCUUCAGUUGAGCUCGCCAGCACAGCUACUCGGCUUUAUUUACACAAGCAUAUAUCCCAGGGUUGUUCACACAGCUGACUAUGGUAGUGAAAUACAGUAACACCCCAAAUCCACAAACGGGGUUUAUUGGGCCUACUAUAAAGGCACCAAAAUAUACCCUGCAAGAUUUCAAAGUUCCGUUGGCUUUUCUAUUAGGCAAAGACAUUAGAAGUCAUACAGCAAAAGGAGAAGAAUAAGGCCAUUGUGAGUGUGACAGGCCCACAGUUUGUCAAGGUGUUGGCUUUGUUAAUGUCAGGCAAGGUAUUAUUUUUCCUCAUUUGGGCUUAGUGAGACAGAGGCAUAAGAUCCGGGCAAUGAAAAGGGAGCUUGAGAGCCAUGCUGCUUCUGCCCUGGAUGAGGUAGUCGAGAAUAGCUUGAUCUCAACCACUAAACAUCCGAGCCUUUCAAGCGUUAUUCGUGGAUUUGUUAAUGCUAAUUAAUUAGGGAGAGAAGUUUCCCCUGGCCUGCUUCUAAAGCUGAGAGAGUGUGACUGGGACAAGGUCAGGUCAGAGAUUCUGUAGCUGAGCAGGGAUUUAAACGCUGGUCUCCAGAGUCAAUAGUCAAAGUGCUGCAUCAUGCUGGUGUGAAGACGGUAAUGGCCACGAGAGAGAAGGGUCUUACAGUUGGAUGGACUCGGUCAAAGGCGCUUUGGCCGCUGCCUUGGCUUUGCAAAGCCUGAGCAGGACGGGAGGAUACAGUGGCCUGGAGGCCUCUCCUUUGUGAGAUCACCACAAGUUCAUCUGAUGGCUGUCAGUGAAGCAUCAACUAUGGCGCUGGAUAAUCAUCAGCAUAGAAUAAAGACGAGGAACUACCCUCCGGAAACUUACAUUGGUAAGCAUUUAAAGUGGAUGAAAACUUGUUGAUAAUAAGUUUUGAUAUUACUUGAAACUGUUUUGGACUCUGGAGAUGACCAUGUUAUUGCUAAGUUGUAUAAACUUUUGUUGAAACAUGAAAUGGAGGAGGUGAAAGAUUGUGUGGUAAAGUGGGCACAACAUUUUGGUAAACAAAUACAAAGGGAACAAUGGGAAAGGGUCUGGACAAAGAGUGUGGAAUUUACACUUGAGUAAAAAUACUUUUUAUAACAUGAUGCAUAGAUGAUACCUGACACUAGAAAGGAUGGCGAAGAUCUGUAACAACAGUUCUAGAUUGUUGGAAAAGUGGGGGAAAGGUGGGCACCUUUUAUCAUGUGUGGUGGUCAGGUAAAAAGGCCCAGAAAUACUGGGCACAAAUACAUAUGAUUUUAGAAGAAAUGGUUAAAGUCGAAUCUGAAAUGACACCUGAACUCUUAUCUGCUUGGGAUGUGAGAUGAACAACUUAAUAGGAAAUGUGGGAGGAGAUUGCUAUAGGUGAGGACGGCAACAAGAAUGACCUCCACUUAAAGAUGGAAAGACUCAGAAAAUGAUUGGCUGACGAAAAUGUGAUUCUGUCAGAAAAUGAUUGGCUUAUGAAAAUGUGAUUCUGUCAGAAAAUGAUUGGCUUACGAAAAUGUGAUUCUGUCAGAAAAUGAUUGGCUUACGAAAACAAGUGUGUUUGUGGGAAUGAAGAGGCUUACUCAUUGACUGAGGAGAAAUCUCUCACUUAAGAAAGACCGGGGCCCAUUGAUUGUGUUCCUCCAAAUCUCCAUCACUGUCUGUUUGUCUGGGACUAGAAGUGUGUUAUACAUAGAAGUGUGUUUCUCGUUAUACUAUACGAGAAAGGACGUACCAAGGGUUGCUUUUCCCUAAACGGGUGUAGAAAACAGAGAGAAUUUAACAACCAGACAGAUAAUGCCAGGUCCUUACAUUAGAUAAUGUAGAUUGUAGUUAUGUAGUAAUUGGGUUUUUUUUAUAUAUAGGAUAAAGUAGUAUUAUUCUAGAAACAGCAUUUUUAAUCUCUUGUUGAUGAUGAUGUUGUUUUGUUUUUGUAUAUCUAAAUAAAGAAAUGAAUCAAA